GCCCGUGUCUGUCAUCCCCUGCGAUGAGAAAACGCGACGAGGACACACACGCGCACAGACGCACGCUCCAGUGCGCACAUUGUAUGCAGAUCUGUCCCGCGAGCGUGUGCUUGCGGGUGACGGUUGUGUUUCAAAAACACAACAUUAUGUCCUCUUUUCUGUCAGGAUGCGAUAAGUUGCAUACAACUCUCGAUAUCUCCCCCUCUCUCAAAUACAAACGUUACUCGGGGUGUAUGGAAAAGGACUGAUGGAGGCAGUGAAGGGAUAAGGCGCGGGCGGGAGAGACGCAGUCGCGCACACGCAUUGGCUACACGCGCUCUGGACAAAUCCGUGCUCGAGUGACGUGUGGACGUGGACGCGUUGAAUAUCUCCUCUAUACUAUCUUUCUGAAUAGAGAUUCACAUUUGUAACUUGAUUUUGUUGUGUUAUUUGACGACCCUUGAAAAACGUCGAGCUCUUACUUCAUUUGUAAGUCGUGUAUUGUCUCUUUCUCCGUAUAUGCAAUUAUUUCUCUUCUACUUGGGGAGUGCGACAGUCCUCAGAUAUGAGACAAACUAAACUGACUUUUAUCAGCGAUGAGCAGCACUGACAGCAACUAGGAUCAUUUCCAUACUAGAGGCUUUACAUUGGUCAUCAGGAGAUUCCCCCGUGCAGCUGAGCUGUGAAAACAGUAGAGAAAGAGGGAGGAGAAACGAGUGCAGGAAGGAGAAGAGGUGUGUGUGAGGACAGUCGAUGGAUGCUGCCCGGAUUGAAGGGACAGCGCAUUCUCAUCUGACGAGGAAAAGAAAGAUUUCAAAAUUGAGUCGAAGGACAGAAACUCGCCGUCAGGCAUGGUGUGUGAGAAGGGCAUUCAGAUCCUUCUCACCAUCGUGGGUGCUUUUGCAUCCUUCGGCCUGAUGACGGUGGCUAUCGGGACAGAUUAUUGGCUCUACUCGCGGGCGCUUAUCUGCAACAGCACCGCCAAUAACACACAAGAAGAUCCACAUAAUAAGGACAAGAAGGACCCUGGGGCCCUGACACACUCUGGCCUGUGGAGGAUCUGUUGUCUGGAGGGGGUAAAGCGUGGCGUUUGUUCCCAGAUCAACCACUUCCCAGAGGACGCUGACUUUGAUCAUGAUGGAGCAGAAUAUGUUCUGCGAGUGGUCCGGGCCUCCAACAUCUUUCCCAUUCUCAGUGCUAUCCUGCUGUUAAUGGGAGGGGUCUGUAUCGCCGCCAGUCGUUUCUACAAGAGCAAAAGGAACAUUGUGCUGGGAGCUGGCAUUCUGUUCGUAGCGGCAGGUCUAAGUAACAUCAUUGGUGUGAUAGUGUACAUUUCUGCCGCACUGGGUGACAUUUCUCCAAAGAAGGAUGAGGAUAAGAAAUGGCAGUACUCAUACGGCUGGUCUUUCUACUUCGGUGGGCUGUCCUUCAUUCUGGCCGAGAUGGUGGGCGUGCUGGCGGUAAACAUCUACAUCGAGAAGAACAAGGAGCUUCGCUGUCGCUCUCGCACCGAUAUCUUCAAGAGCACCACUCACGCCAUGCUACGACUCCCGAGCUACCGCUUUCGCCGCAGAUCACGUUCCAGCUCUCGAUCCACCGACCCGUCCCGCUCCCGGGACCCGUCCCCUGUGGGGGGUCCUCCAGGGAGUAAGAACUUCGGAAUGCCCCCUUCUGCUUUACUCUCUCAAGGGCCCAUUUCUGUGUCCACUCUACCUAACCCCCACUCCCGCUCCGCUCUGCCAGGGGGCGACAUUUCUCUUUACACCCUCUCCCGAGACCCCAAACUGGCCGGUUUGGGAGGGCUGGGUGCCCCUCCGCUGUACGGCACGGUGGACCGCGCUACACUAUACCAGCUGCACAACUGCUUUCCCAAGGACACCGGAGGGGGUGGAGGCAGCAUGAUGAUGAGUGGAACGCUGCCCUCGCUCAAAUCCCACAAUCCCUCAGCGGUCCAGAAUUCCUCCAAUUCCAACGCACCACACAGCAACUCCGUCCCUUCGUCACAGCCUCCACCUUUCUCCUCCUCUACAGUCGAGAGGGAACGAGGGAUGGGAACGCUGGAUAGGUUAGGCAAAGGUGACCGAGAGAGUAACUCCAACACUUUAAACAGGAAAACUACACCAGUGUAGACAGUUUGGAGAUUGAUAAGGGAAAAGUUCAUAAAGUGCAAAAGAAAGGCAAAUAACUCUCUCAGCACUGAGAAAUAUUUCACUUCAUGAAAAGUUUAAUCGAUGAACAGCUCAUAAUAACAAUAACACUCAUGCUGCCUUCAGUACAUGCUGUUUUAACAUAAAGAACCAAUAACUAUGGGAUACUGUGAUGUUUAUUAUUUUACUUUUUAUUUACAAAUGUGGGAUUUUAAGACGGUGAAGUGUUGUUGUUAUUAUGACCUAGUUUAAUAUUUGCUUGAUUUAAUGUAUUUAAUGAUUGAAAGUAGAUUUUGUUUUUUCAGAAAUUUUAACUGUGAUUCCAAAACAUGACACUGAGCACUGCAGAGUCUAUAAAAUAUAUGUGAGAAUGAGAUUAUUAUUAUGAUUAUACUAACUUUGUGAGAAGCAUUUUAUUUAUUUUAAAGAAAGUUUUAUUUUCUACCCUUUGAUAACAUGCAAUUUAGUGUGUAAAAGUCUUCCAGCUCAGUUAACAGAUCAGCAUUUAACACUGAAAGUGUUAAAAUGAUAAAGAUUUUUAUAGAAACCUACCAUCAUAUUAUUUUGUUAUAAACAUUAUAGCAGUAGAAGUAGCACUUGUCAAAUUAAAAAUCUUCGUUUUGGGGCAUUAACUUGGACAAUGUGGGAAAGAUGAUACAUUUGUAUAAAGUGCUAAAUGGGAUUCAACACAUGGACUUCUUUCCAAAACUGUGCUUUUGAAGGUUGGGAUUUAAAAAAUGACUGCUUUACGGUUGAUAAAACACAAGAGAAUAUUUUAAAAUGCAGAUGUAUAUUACGCAAAACUGUAUUUGGGAAAAAAAAUACUUUCUUUAAAAUAAAAGAGUACAGAUAGAAUGGGGAGAUGUAUGUAUUGGAAAGGGCAGGAUGGGUGGGAGGGAUAUUUUAAAUAUGUAUGAGGACACUGUCUUCCUUAAGCUCUCAUUGGGCUAACACUUGUAUGUUGGGGCAUGCCCUGUGUCAUUUGUGUUUUCCCUCCAUUGUGUCAUGUGAUCAUGACAGCGUCCCAAAGGCAAAGCUCCCCUCCAAAAAAAAAAGAAAACUUUCACUGUGCUGCACUGGACUCCCUUUGACCUUUCUGCGUCUCUAACUAAGAGAUAAAAUAUGUAAACAUUCUGCUAACCUUUAACCUUUAUUUCAUGAAGGUCAACAUGGGACAUUACAUUAUAGAGUGCAAAUGGGCAUCACACAAUCUCCUGGCAAUAGGAGUCUUUUUUAUUCAUAAAAAAUACUACACACAGACAGCAUUUAUGUGGUCAGUUAUAAAUAGUAUGUAGUGGGGAAUAGCUAUAUUUAGAAAAAAAAACUAUGGUUUAUCUUAAUGUGUGAUAAACUCUAACACUGUAUUGCACGAAUUUUAUACAUAAAAGAAACACCAGAC